ACAAGUAGAUUGACGAAGCCGAUCGCUCAUAUCACGACCGCACUAUUGAGUACUGUCUUCUUCUUCGUAAUCUUCUUCUUCCAAGACAAACCAUGGGAGUUGAUCUGAAGAAGCUUCCAUGGGAGUUGAUCGAAGAGAUACUCUCUCGUGUCCCACCUAAAUCUCUUGUUCGCUUCAGAACCGUAUCGAAACAAUGGAACGCUCUUUUCGACGACAAGACGUUCAUGAACCACCACAGGAUGACGUUUCGAUUCAUCCUAGCAACCGAAUCCAUGGUUUAUUCGGUAAGCAUCGAUCCCGUGAUAGUGGUACGUGAGUUAACAUUAGGUACUCCCGGUCAGAAUCCUUGGCUGGGACAUAGUAGAUGGAUCGAGCCGAGUUUAAAACAUUCAGGUAUGCAAUUCGAAGGCAUAGGAUAUGACAAUAAGAAUUACAAGAUCGCUGCUUCGUCCCCUCGGAACAAAGAUGACUUGUGGACAAUCUAUGACUUUGCCUCUGAUGUGUGGAUAGACCAUGAGCCAGAACCUAUGAGUGAUGAUGAUGAUUGGGUAUACGUUGAAAGUGUGGUAUCGUUGAAUGGAACUUUGUAUUGGGUUUGUUCUCAUGACGAGACCGUUCCCUUGUGCUACCACAUUAGAAAAUUUGAUUUUUCGAGCGGAUUAUUCAUAAGAUUUUGUGAUCUACCAUGCGGGAGAAACCAUAAUAGUAGCGAUGCUCUUGUCCUUAGGGUCUUUAGGGGAGAUCGGUUUUCGUUGCUAAAGCAAUGCAUGGUAACAAAGAAGAUUGAGAUUUGGGUGACUGUGAACAAGAUUAACCAUGAGGAUGGUGAUGAUGUGGUUUGGAUGAAUUUCAUGACCUUUUCAAGUCCUAACUUGCCGGAUUUAGUAGACACCGUAACCUACACUGAUCCAAGUUACUUCAUCGAAGAUAAGAGGCUCGUGGUGUGCUCUUGGGACAACACUGGUUACGCUUGGAUCUAUAUAUUGGGGGAUAAUAAGUUGAUCAGUAAAAAUCGUAUAGAUUGUGUGGUUGAUCCUUGGCCUUUGCACUGUACCUUUGUCCCCAGUUUGGUACCGGUUCCUGCUCGAUGCCGAAGAGAAGAACGGGCAGAAUUACACGUUUAGUUUUAUUACAUGUUUGACUCUUGUUUGGUACGUUAUAGAGAAAGCUAAAGUUGAUUUGAAUUUUGGUACCAUCUUCUUUGUUUAAGCAAAACUAUUCAUCACUUGUGUUACUGUUAGUAUCAUAAGAAAAAUGAAGUGUCUUUUCGGUUUUACCUAAAUCCAGGGUUUGUUAAAUACAAAUAUCCUUAGACUAAAGAGCCGAACUUGUCCAAGACUAAAAGAUUUAACUUUAAAACUUUGAUGUUUUGAUUCUAUUGACUAGCUUGUCCAGUUCUCCGAAGCUACAUCGAAGUUUCCCUAUUACAGAAGUCACAUGGACACAAGUGACAAGAACAUAGGAUACACUGUUUGGUACAAA